UUAGGCAAGAGAGGGUAGCUAGGUACUAGCUAUGGAAAACAAGAAGCAUUUUGUGCUGGUUCAUGGUGCCUGCCAUGGCGCGUGGUGUUGGUAUAAGGUAUCUGCUUUGUUGAAAUCAGGUGGUCACAGAGUGACAGCUCUGGACAUGGCUGCCUCCGGGAUCCAUCCAAAGAAGGUUCAAAAGCUGGCUUCCAUAACCGAAUAUGUGGAGCCAUUGAUGGAGUUGCUGGAGUCUCUGCCGUCAGAGUCAGAGGAGAGAGUUAUAUUGGUGGGUCACAGCUUGGGCGGUAUCUGCAUUUCCAUGGCCAUGGAAAUGUUCCCAAAUAAGAUUGCAGCUGCUGUCUUUGUAGCUUCUUUCAUGCCUUCUUCUCAAGAUCCAACCUUUAUGACUCGUAUCCAACAGCACAGGGAAAAAGUAUAUUCUACCAUGGACUCGAAGAUCAUGUUUGAUGAGGAUGCCAAAAAUACUAGUAAGCCCAAUGGGUGUAUGAUAUUUGGGCCCCAACACUUAGCAUCCAAUUUAUACCAACUGUGUCCACCUAAGAUCUCUCUUCGCAAUCCCCGUUUGGAUCUUCAGAUGCGCGCCGUUUCGAUCGCGUUAUUAGUCGUUUCUCGCACUCGCAUUCUGAAGCAAUCUCAGAUUCAUACUGAUUCAUGUUUAAGGGCGGGACUAUAA